AUGGAAUUGCACUGUGCAGUGGAAGCCACAGGAAAAUGGAAUUGCACUGUGCAGUGGAGAAUGGGAUUGCACUGUGCAGAGGAGAAUGGAAUUGCACUGUGCAGUGGAAAAUGGGAUUGCACUGUGCGGUGGAGAAUGGGAUUGCACUGUGCGGUGGAAAAUGGGAUUGCACUGUGCAGUCGAAAAUGGAAUCGCACGGUGCAGUGGAAAGAUUGCACUGUGCAGUGGGAUCAGAAAUUGCACUGUGCAGUGGAAAAUGAACUUGCUCUGUGCGGUCAAACACGAGGAGAAUUGUGA